AUGGGAGGCUCGCAGCCGUGGCCACAGGUCCCAGUUGGCAAUAAAGAUCAUACAACAGCAGCGGUUGUGAUUAUCGGAGCGGGGAUAUCAGGAAUGUGCAUGGCCAUUGACCUCAUUGUACGAAACCAAUGCCACAACUUCAUCGUCAUUGAAAAGAGCUCCGGUGUUGGUGGAACAUGGAAUGACAAUAAAUACCCAGGGUGCUGCUGUGAUGUCUGGAGCAUGCUUUACAGCUACUCCUUUGAGCAGAAUCCAGACUGGAGUCGAGAAUACCCGGGUCAGGAGGAGAUUCUCGACUACCUCCGCAACGUCGCCCAUAAGUACAAGCUCUACAAAUACAUCCGUUUCAAUACGUCCGUUGAAGCCGCAACUUGGGAUGACAACACCUCGAAAUGGAAAGUCGACGUCAAAGUCACCGGCGGGAAGGACGCCGAGUUCAGUCCUAGAUAUACAAUUGAGUCAGACUUCUUGGUAUCAGCGGUUGGACAGCUAAACCAGCCACGAUAUCCCGAUAUUGAGGGACUGGAUAGUUUCAAGGGGAAGAUGAUGCAUAGUGCUAGGUGGGAUUGGAGUUACGAUUUGAAAGGGAAGAAGAUCGGGGUUAUCGGGAAUGGUGCAACUGCAGCCCAAAUCAUCCCCGAAAUCCUCCCCACAUCUGAAUCCCUCAUAGUCUACCAACGCAGCCCCAAUUGGGUAAUUCCUCGCAUGGAUGGACCUAUCUCCGCUGUCCGCCGCCUCAUAUAUCGCUACCUCCCUCCCAUCCGCUGGCGUACCCGCGCCAUGCAGAUGGACUACCGCGAAUCCUUCCACCCUGCCGUCUUCGACACCGACUCUGAGUUCGCAAACCAGAUCCGAGAGUGGUGCGAAAUGAGCAUGAAAGCGCAAAUCCCGAACCGACCAGAUCUCUGGGAGAAAUUGUUCCCGGAUUAUAGUCCUGGGUGCAAGAGAGUGAUUAUCACAGAUGACUAUUAUCCAGCCAUUGCGGAUCCCAAAACCACGCUCGAAACACGCAAAAUCGUGCGCAUCACUACGACCGGUGUUGAGGUGUCUGGUGGGCAAGGCGGAUCCAUGCACCACAAGCACGACGUGCUGGUCCUGGCGACAGGUUUCCGGACCGUAGAAUUCCUCUUCCCGAUCAAAAUCACCGGCUCUCGUGGUUGCGCUCUCUCUGACGUCUGGAGCAACGGUGCCUCAGCGUUAUAUGGCAUAACUGUCCCGUCUCUUCCCAACUUCGGCAUGUUUUAUGGCCCGAAUACGAAUUUGGGACAUAAUUCCAUUAUUCUCAUGAUUGAGGCACAGUCCCGGUAUCUUAACACACUCGUCUCCGCAGUCCUAGAUGCACGAAACCGUGGCCAAAAUGUCGGGAUUCAACCCAAGGCGUCUAAGACUGUGGCAUUCAAUGACAAGAUUCAGGAGAUUCUUUCUAAAAGCAGUUUCGCGGACCCUAAAUGCGGGAGUUGGUAUAAGAAUAAAGAAGGGAAGAUUACAAAUAAUUGGUCGGGCACUGUGAUUGAGUAUCAAGAUUUGCUGGCGAAGGUCGAUUGGGAGGAUUAUGAGGUUGUGGGUGGGAAGUGUGCUAGUGCGGUUGUAUUUGGGGGUGGGAAGAAGAGGACUAAGAUUGGAAGGGUGCAUGAGGAGACGAAGGUAAGUAAUACUGGGUUGCUUUUGGGGGUUGUGAGUGUGGUUGCGCUGGCGGGAGCGUGGGCUUUUAAGGGACAGUUUCCGAAGAGGUUGGGGAUAGGAUCGUGA